AUGGAUUUGCCUGAGCAAAGCAUCACCUACAUGGAUCCUGACAUGUACAAAGCUGCAGUACAAGGCAAGAUUGAUCGAUUUGAGAGUUAUGGAACUUCUUUUAAUCAGAUAUUGACUCCAAACAAAAACACAAUUCUUCACGUCUACUUGAAAAACCAAAGUAGAGAACCGAAAUCCACUGAUUUUGUGGAUCGAAUUCUUGAAAAGUGUCCACCCCUUCUAUUGCAACCCAACAUAAAAGGUGAAAUCCCACUGCAUUUCGCGGCAAGACAUGACCUUGCCAAUGUGGUGACAGUCCUCAUUGAUCGUGCAAAAGAUCUACCUUUUGAUCUAGAAAGCGGGCUUACAGAAGCAAAGAAGAUGUCGAGGACGAUUAAUGUAGAGAAAGAUACAGCAUUGCAUGUGGCAGCUCAAAAUCUCCGGAGCCGUGUGGUGGAAAUAUUGACUAAAGAGGACCCUGAAUUUUCAUAUUCCGCCAAUCAUUAUGGAGCAACUCCACUCUAUCUCGUUACAAAUAUGAAUAUUUUUGGGCGACCUAAAGCAACAGCUAUGAGAACGGUGAUCGAUACAAUCUUAAAGAAUUGCAAAUUAGUGGACUAUGGUGGCCCCAACGGUAAAACAGCACUGCAUGCCGCAGUCAUGAAUGGUGAUUAUGUCACUGUAAAAACAUUAUUACCAAAGGAACAGAGUUUGACGAAGAUAGCUGAUGAAAAUGGGUGGUCACCGCUUCACUAUGCUGCCUAUUUUUCUUCUCGGGAUAGUACUUCAAUAGUGAAAAUAUUACUAAAAUAUGAUGUGUCUGCAGCCUACAAUACUAUUGAUACAGACAAGAAGAGAACCGCUCUUCAUAUAGCUGCCAUUCAAGGAAAUGCAGAAGUGAUGGAAGAGAUUGUUUCAGCUUGUCCAGCUUGCUGUGAACUAGUAGACAGUAGAGGUUGGAAUGCCCUUCACUGUGCUGUAGCUAGUACAAGAAGAAGGGAAGUGUUUGAAAAGGCUGUAAAAAUUCCUAAACUUGUCCAACUUAUAUAUGAGAAGGAUGACGAAGGAAACACGCCCCUGCACCUAUUGGCUGUUUUCGACAAAUUUUCCUGGCUUGAACUCCCGUUGGAAUUCCAAACAGUUGAAGGCAAGAUGGGUGGCGUUAACAAGCAAGGGCUGAGCGUUGAUAACAUAUUACAAGGAAAUUUUCCCAGGAAAAAGAAAGAGAUCUUAAAAUCCAUUGAAGAUGUUGGUAGUGGACCCUUUGAACUCAUUGUUAUGGAAGAAGAGAAAAAGGCGGAAGAAGAGAAAAGGCCAAGCUUAGAAGAUGAAUCCUUGGAUAAAAUAAGAGAGGCUCAUCUAGUAGUAGCAGCGCUCAUAGCAACGGUAACAUUUGCAGCAGCUUUCACCUUGCCUGGCGGUUACAAGAACGAACAAGGCCCGAAUGAAGGCACGGCAAUUCUAACUAAGAAGGCUGCUUUUAUAGCAUUUCUUAUAUCAGAUACAAUAGCAAUGGUGCUCUCACUUUCUGCUGUCUUUAUCCACUUUUUUUUGCCAUUUCUUCGUGCUCGGAAUAAAACUGAUAAGGAUAAAAUUGGCCAAUUAGUAGGAUUGGCCACGGGGUUAACCUUGUAUGCUAUAUAUGCAAUGGUUAUGGCAUUUAUUACAGGCACUUAUGCAGUGCUAGCAACUUCCUUGGGGCUUGCCAUCACCACUUGUUUCAUCGGCGAUGAAGUCGAUGACAACACAAAAUGUCUUUUGAGUUUUUUAGACUCUAAACCCAUUUACAAUGAGUAG